AUGUCCUCAAUCGACCCAUUGCCCGUCUCGAGCCUGGAAAAGGCUCCGGCCAGCUUCGAGGACGAACGCGAGGAUCCAACCGGGCCGGCCACAAUCGCUGCCACGCUCGAGACGAUCCGUGAGACCGGAUCAGUGGUGGACCAAAACCUGGCCCAACUGCGCGAUUGGAUCGCGAAACAUCCGCACAUCCAUCGGUGCCGCACGGAUGCUCGGUUCCUGCUGCGAUUCCUACGCACCAAGAAACACUCUUUCCUGGCGGCGUCGCAGACACUCGAGCGAUACCUCGCAGCUCGGGCACUACAUCCCAGUUGGUUCCAGCAAUUGGACAUCCGCUCACCGGACCUGGCACAUCUCGCCGACAUCGGGUUCCUGUAUGCGCUCAAGGAGCGUGACGCAAACGGGUGCCUUGUGUCGCUGUGUGACUGGGGCUUAAUCGAUCCAAAGCGCUUCACGCUCGAUCAAAGCAACCGAAUGCACGCACUGAUGAUAGAGGCGUACGGAGACGACUCGCUAGUGCAGUGUGCCGGAGCCAUCGCCAUCUUCGAUAUGAAGCACGUGCAGCUCGCACAUCACAGCAUCAUCUCGCUGAGCACGCUGCGGUUGCUGGCGCGUUACAUCAACAACGCUGUGCCGGUUCGAUGCCGGGCGAUUCACGCCGUCAACGUACCCGCCGGUGCGCUGUGGAUCAUCAACGGGUUGGUCAACUUCUUGGACGAGAAAAUUCGCAACCGUUUCAACCUUUUCCGCGAUUAUGACGAGUUGGCACAAAAGUUCGAUCGCAGCUUGCUGCCGAAGGAGUACGGUGGCAAGGAACCGCGCAGUGAGCAUAUGCGUGUGUUCCGGGAGCACUGUGAACGGUACCGGGACCGACUGCUCGCCUUGGACGAGAUGGAGAUCGAUCUCGAGCACGACGAAUCGUACUCACGGCAAGCUAUGCUGGACGACAUCGAGGGCGGCGCUGUCGGGAGCUUUCGAAAGCUCGAACUUGACUGA